UUGUAGCACAGAAACGGUUCGACCUUUGUGGGUUGAACACUCGAAAAUAAAAUAUAAGUUCAUGGUUGUAUAUUUUCAUUGAAGUUUAAGAAAACAAUGAAAUUCUUUGUCUUUAUGAUAUUUGGCUUUGUUGUAACAUUUGUAUCAGUGAUUACAGCAGAAAACGAUUUUGAGAUAAGAUUCUCGUUUUCAAAAUUGAGCAAUCAACUUGCAGAAGUCAAUUCUCUUAAAUUACAACACAGAUUGAAAAGAACAUUGUUUUCCAAAAAUAUCAACUUUUCAUCAUCUAGAAAAAUUCCUAUUUUCCAACGGAUCUUAAAUAAUCAUCGAUUUCCUGUUCAAAAAUAUUUACAUAAGAAAUACCAUAAUGAAAAAAUGCUUCAAAUUAAUACGAACUGGAAUUUAAACCGACAAAAUGGAGAAAAGCAUCAACCAGCACCUCAAGCACCAUGUUCGAAAAUUUUGAAAACUACCGUGCGUCAACCAUUGUUGACCUCAACAACUUUACCAACUACGAUUAAAAGUAAUUUUGCAACGAUGAUGAAUCCACUUAUUUACGAUAUUGAUAUUAGAUAACAAUAAAAACUAAUACACAUUUGUUUGGCCUU